UACUGCAGUCUCUUUUAGAUCUGACUGGAGAUAGUUUCCUUGUUUGAAAAACAGGAAUAAUUUACAGUGUACAAUGUGGCAUAAGAAACGUGUUUCUUUAAACAUGGGUGAAACAGAGCAGAGACCAACUGCAGGAUCCCGGUUAGGAGCUCAGGAAAAUGCUGGGAUCAGUACGUUGGAGCAUGGACAGAAACUGCCUCCGACACCGCCUGGAAAGCUUGUCUCUAUCAAAAUCCAGAUGCUGGAUGAUACGCAGGAAAUCUUUGAAGUUCCGCAAAGAGCUCCAGGGAAGGUCCUGCACGAUGCCGUUUGCAGUCACCUGAACCUUGUUGAAGGCGACUAUUUUGGCCUUGAGUUUCCAGAUCAUAGAAGGAUGAUGGUGUGGCUGGACCUUUUGAAGCCCAUUAUGAAGCAGAUUAGAAGACCUAAACACAUUGUUGUAAAAUUUGUAGUAAAAUUCUUCCCACCUGAUCAUGCUCAGCUGCAGGAAGAACUGACAAGGUACCUAUUUGCAUUGCAAGUGAAGCAGGACCUGGCACAGGGCAGGCUAACAUGUAACGAUACCAGCACUGCACUCUUAGUCUCACACAUUGUACAGUCUGAGAUUGGGGAUUUCGAUGAAACCAUAGAUCGUGAACACUUAGCAAAGAACAAGUAUAUACCUCAGCAAGAAGCACUAGAAGACAAAAUUAUGGAAUUCCACCUGAAUCAUAUGUUUCUUGGCUUUUGUUUCUGCAGGGGACAGACACCAGCAGAAUCAGAUUUCCAGUUGCUAGAGAUUGCCCGUCGGCUGGAGAUGUAUGGAAUUCGGUUGCAUCCAGCAAAGGACAGGGAAGGAACAAAGAUCAACCUGGCAGUUGCCAACACAGGCAUUCUGGUGUUUCAGGGUCACACCAAGAUCAAUGCCUUCAACUGGGCCAAGGUUCGGAAGCUCAGCUUCAAGAGAAAGCGUUUUCUUAUCAAGCUGCGGCCCGAUGUGAAUAGUUCAUUCCAGGACACCUUGGAGUUUCUGAUGGCUAGUCGGGACUUCUGCAAGUCUUUCUGGAAGAUCUGUGUAGAACAUCAUGCCUUUUUCAGACUUUUUGAGGAGCCCAAACCAAAGCCUAAACCUGUUCUCUUUUCUAGAGGUUCAUCAUUUAGGUUCAGUGGUCGGACUCAGAAGCAGGUUCUUGACUAUGUUAAAGAAGGAGGACACAAGAAAGUGCAGUUUGAAAGGAAACACAGCAAGAUUCGUUCCAUCAGGAGCCUGACUGCCCAGCCUUCAGAACAGCAUUCAGAGGUGCCAAAACAAAGCUCUAGCUUUACAUUUGGAGAUGAUGCUGAUGCCCCAGCAGUGCAGAGCUGCCAGCAAGGGAAGGAACUAAAAGUGUCAGCAGAAGAUGCUGAGCAGCGCAGAAGCCCAUCCUUGAGGAAGAGUCCUAAGGAAGGCAGAAGGGUGGAUGGAGUGGUGAUGGCAACAAUGGAGGAAGAAGAGGAGAUCGUUAAGGAUAGGACACAGCAGAAUAGAACUCAGUCGCAGCAACCAAGCACAGCAGGCUCUCUGACUGGCAGCCCUCACCUUUCAGAGCUUUCCAUCAAUUCCCAAGGAGGACCGCCACUGGCAAAUACAUCGUUAUCUCCAAACCUGAGCCCUGAUGCCAAGCAGUCCUCUCCACUGAUCAGCCCACUGCUGAAUGACCCAUCAGGCAUAAGGACUGAUGAUGAGGAAGAGGUCAGGAGAAAGAGGUGUCCAGCUGACAAAGCUUACUUUAUUGCUAAAGAAGUAGCCACCACUGAACGAACGUACCUUAAGGACCUCGAAGUCAUCACAUCGUGGUUUCAGAGUGCAGUGAGUAAGGAUGACUGUAUGCCAGAAACACUGAAAAAUCUCAUAUUUUCCAACUUUGAACCUUUGCACAAAUUUCAUACCAGUUUUCUCAAGGAAAUUGAGCAGAGACUUGCUCUGUGGGAAGGGCGCUCUAAUGCUCAUAUUAAAGGAGAUUACCAAAGAAUUGGUGAUGUUAUGUUAAAGAACAUUCAGAGUAUGAAGCAACUGACAAUUCACCUGCGGAAGCACAAUGAGAUUUUGAUGGAGUUGGAGAAUGAGAUUAAGAACUCUCGCAAGCUGGAGACCUUGUGCAGGGACUUUGAACUACAGAAAGUCUGCUACCUGCCCCUCAACACCUUCCUCCUCAGGCCUUUGCAUAGGCUGAUGCACUACAAGCAGAUAAUGGAGAGGCUCUGCAAACACUACCCACCAAACCACACAGACUUCAGGGACUCCAGAGCUGCUCUGGCUGAGGUUUCUGAAAUGGUGGCUCAGCUCCAUGGCAAUAUGAUAAAGAUGGAGAACUUCCAGAAGCUGCAUGAACUGAAGAAAGAUUUGAUAGGCAUUGAUAAUCUGGUAAUCCCGGGAAGGGAGUUCAUUAGACUGGGCAGUCUUAGUAAGCUGUCAGGAAAAGGUUUACAGCAGCGGAUGUUCUUCCUGUUUAAUGAUGUUUUGUUGUACACAAGCAGAGGCCUGACAGCAUCAAAUCAAUUUAAAGUCCACGGGCAGCUCCUAUUAUAUGGCAUGACAAUAGAAGAGAGUGAAGAAGAAUGGGGAGUUCCUCAUUGUCUGACAUUACGAGGUCAGCGUCAAUCCAUCAUUGUUGCUGCAAGCACACAGGCUGAAAUGGACAAGUGGACUGAGGACAUACAGAUGGCAAUAGAUCUGGCAGAAAAAAGCAAUGGCCCAGCACCUGAACUACUGGCUAGUAGCCCACCAGACAAUAAGUCUCCUGAUGAAACAACUGUAGACCAGGAAUCAGAGGACGAUCUCAGUGCAUCCCGCACCUCUCUGGAACGUCAGUCACCACACCGUGGCAACACUACGGUGCACGUCUGCUGGCACAGAAAUACCAGUGUUUCAAUGAUCGACUUUAGUAUUGCUGUGGAGAAUCAGCUCUCUGGAAACCUUUUGAGAAAAUUCAAGAACAGCAACGGGUGGCAGAAGCUCUGGGUGGUAUUCACCAACUUCUGUAUGUUCUUCUACAAAUCGCAUCAGGACAAUCAUCCUUUAGCCUGCCUUCCCUUAUUGGGGUAUUCACUUACCAUGCCUUCUGAAUCGGAGAACAUUCACAAAGAUUAUGUCUUUAAGCUACACUUCAAAUCCCAUGUGUACUACUUCAGGGCUGAAAGUGAAUACACAUUUGAAAGGUGGAUGGAGGUGAUCCGAAGUGCCACCAGCUCUGCCUCACGCACUCGUGUUUUAAGUCAUAAAGAGUCUCAUGUGUAUUGACAGCUAAACACUCACCACACUGAUUGUUCCCACGAGCUGCUGCUUUUCUAGAGGACAUCUGAAUUUAUUCUCUCCCUUAACCUUUAGUAAAAACUUACAUUUGUUUAAGAGCAAAAAAUGAUUUUACAGCAACCUUCAUGAUCCCCUCAGCAACUGUUUAAACUUAAGUUUCUCCAUCAGCCCAGUGGCAGCAGUUAGUUUCCUGUCCUGUAUUUUGUCAUUCUGUGUGCUGUUUCUAGCUUGUGCCAGUAUUAAAAUAUUGUCCUUA